AUGGCGGGAUAUCAGAACAAAGCGGCAUGGCUACCAGGCGUAGGCAAGCCGGUCGAUGUCGGUCCUGCCGAUAUCCCCGAACCGGGCCCAGAGGAACUUCUCAUCGAGGUCAAAGUGGUCGCUGCCCAGCCAGCAGAAUACAAGAUCCAAGAGGGAACACUCCCGUAUCAGCUGAAUUACCCCACUAUCAUUGGAAUAUCAUUUUCUGGCGUGGUCGUCAAAGUCGGCACGGAGGUCAACCGCUUCAAGAAGGGCGACCGCAUCGUCACCAACAGCGCUGGAAGUAUCCGCAAUGAUCCCCGAUUUGGAGCAUACCAGAAAUACGCGGUUACCACGCAAGAAAUGACAGCGAAGAUUGGACAAGUGUCCUUCGAAGCUGCGGUAUCCAUCUCCAGCCUGGCCUAUCCUGCCAGUGCCCUUUUCAUACACCUGCACCUUGAGAAGCCAGCAGAACAUGCCAAUCCCGAGAACAAGAACAAGAAGGUGCUUAUCUGGGGCGCUUCUUCUUCUUUCGGCGCCUAUGCAACCUAUCUGGCUACCAGAGCAGGUUACACAGUGGUGGGCGUUGCGUCUUCCAAGAAUGCGCAGCUUGUAAAGUCCUUCGGUGCUGUGCACUUUGUCGACAGGAAAUCACCGACAGUAACGCAAGAGCUCACAGAUAUAGGACCUUUCGAAGCCGUCUUGGCAGCUGCUGACGCUGCCCAGGAUCAGCCUGUGUUGGGAGCGGUCUUGGCUGCGCACGGAGGGGGUUCUUUUCUGUCGACAAUGGGCUUGCGGCCGGGUGUGGAGCUGCCCACUGGAGUUCAAGCAAACUUUGUGCCCAUGAUGGAUGUCUACCUUGACCCCAAGACACGCGACUUUACCACGUGGGUGUGGUGGGAUUUCUUGGAAAGUGAACUCGCGGCUGGGCGGCUGCAGCCUGUGCCCGUUCAGGUUCUCGGUGGCCUGGAUAUGGUGCAAGAGGCGUGGAAUCUGCUCAAGGCGGGGAAAGUAAGCGGCCAGAGACUGUUGAUAGCACCUGGUCUUUAG